CGGGGAGCCGGGCCUCAGAGGAAUUGGCGAGCGAGUGAAUGCGGGCGCGAUGGACAACGGCGCGCUGCCCCGGCCCGCGCCCCCUGCGCCUGGCGUCUCGGGCGGCUGCACUGCUCGGCGGCGGCCCGCGUCCCCAGAGCUGCUGCGCUGUAGGCCGCGCGGGACCCCAGCCGCCGCCGCCUCGCCCUCCUGCGCCUCGUCGUCCCCGGGCCGCGGGGGCAGCUCGGAGCCCGGCUCCCCGCGCUCUGCCUACUCGUCGGACGACAGCGGCUGUGAGGGUGCGCUGAGCCCGGAGGAGCGCGAGCUGCUCGACUUCUCCAGCUGGUUGGGGGGCUACUGAGCGCCCGCCUCACGAGGUAACCGCCGGGCGGCGAAGAGGGAGGAUCGGAGGCGAGGGCGGCCGGGCGGGGUGAAGUGGACAGGCCCCACGGCUCGCGCCCCCGCGAGCCAGCGGAGCCGAGCGCCAGGGCCGGGCUGUGGCUUCGAUUUCGCUCACU